UUCUUUGUUUUGUAUUUUCAUACACAACAAUUGCUACUUAGAAUUGUAUAUAAAACGAUUGUUUAUAUUAUUGCUGAAAUACGCUGGCGUAUCUACAAUAUUUCAGCCACCACUGUUUGCAAAACAAACCCUUGCCUGUCUGUGUUUUGCUUUUUUGUUUAAUGUAUUUUUAUUAAUUAAUGCGGGCGCUCAAUUAUAAAUUCGGCUGAAUUUCAAUAAAACUGUUUGCCUGCGCUGUGUUUCUUUUCGCACAUUGUGGAUUGGAAGACGCCAGUCGGAAUAAAUCGGUCAAUGGAGUAAGACCUGCACGGAGAUGUCGGAUCUGAAGAGACCUUGUCUUUGGCUAGCCUUUUGCUGUCUAUCGUUCGGAGUUCGCGUGGAGGCGCAGUGGGAUUUUCCCAAUCCCAAUAACGAACCCAAUCCGUAUCCAAAUCCGGAGGCGGAGGCGGAUCCAAGCAGGUGGGGCUACAACAACAACUACAAUAGCAACUACGGUUACGAAGGUCAGUGGCCGCCGGGUUAUUUUAACAACUACGGAUAUUAUAGACCCCCGCCGCCACCGCCUCCUCCGCCCUGUGGGAGACCACCACCCGGACCACCGCCACCGGGUCCUCCGCCACCAGGUCCUCCGCCCGGUUGUCCAGGGGGACCACCGCCUCCUCCUCCGCCACAUCGCCGGGAAAACCACAGAUGGAAGCCCCGUCGCCCACCGCCCAACCAUCACCGGAAUUUCCACAACAUCUUCCUGAGCACCGAACGCAAAGUGGAUGGGGAAAACUACAACAAGACCGCGGAAACGGAGGAUCUGCAUGACGAUUUCAAUGGUCGAUCCAUCGUGGCUCCAGGGCAGUAUCCCCACAUGGCCGCUCUGGGAUUCCGGAAUGAGAACAACGAAAUCGACUACAAAUGCGGAGGAAGUCUGAUCAGUGAGUACUUCGUGCUCACCGCCGCUCACUGUUUGACUACUCACGGCACCGCUCCCGACGUGGUGAAAAUAGGAGACAUUAAACUGAAGGAAUGGGAGGACGAUGUGACUCCCCAGAAACGUAGAGUGGCUAAAACUUAUGUGCAUCCCCUGUACAACUCCACCCUGAACUACCAUGAUAUCGGACUUAUCCAAUUGAACCGACCGGUGGAAUACACUUGGUUUGUGAAACCAGCUCGGUUGUGGCCCAAAAACGAUAUUCCCUAUGGAAAGCUGCACACCAUGGGCUAUGGAUCGACUGGAUUCGCCCAGCCCCAGACCAACAUACUCACGGAACUGGAUCUAUCGGAGGUGCCUGUGGAUCAGUGCAACACCAGUCUGCCCGCCGAUGAUGGAUCUCCUCAGGGAAUUCUCACCAGUCAGAUAUGCGCUCAUGACUACGAGAAAAAUAGAGAUACCUGCCAGGGUGAUUCUGGAGGACCUCUACAGUUGAACUUGGAGCGACGUCGUCGUCGUCAUCGAAGUCGAAGACACUACCGCUACUAUAUCGUUGGCAUCACUUCCUAUGGAGCCUAUUGUCGCAGUGAAUUUCCAGGUGUUUACACACGGAUUUCUUCCUAUAUCGACUGGAUAGCAUCUAUAGUUUGGCCUGAUCACUAUAAAGAGUUUAUGAAUCAAUAAAAAUAGACUCCAAUAAAGUAAAGUGCAAUCAAAAUAUGUUGGAUUUAAAGAUAUUUAAUAUAGUUAUGACGCAUCACUCU